AUGGCACUGUCACUGUGGAAGGGGCUGGUGGGCAUUGGCCUCUUUGCCCUAGCACACGCGGCCUUUUCUGCUGCUCAGCAUCGUUCUUAUAUGCGAUUAAUGGAAAAGGAAGAUGAAUCACUGCCAAUAGAUAUAGUUCUUCAGACACUUCUGGCCUUUGCGGUUACCUGUUAUGGUAUAGUUCAUAUUGCAGGCGAGUUUAAAGACAUGGAUGCCACUUCAGAACUAAAAAAUAAGGCAUUUGACACAUUAAGGAAUCACCCAUCAUUUUAUGUAUUUAAUCAUCGUGGUAGAGUACUGUUCCAGCCUUCUAAUAUAACAAAUUCUUCAAACCAAGAUGCAUUAUUGUCCUCUAACACAUCGUUGAAGUUACGAAAACUUGAAUCCCUGCGUCGUUAA